GCAAAAGAAUCUCAGUGGCUGAGUUUUAUGACGGGCCCGGUGCUGAAGGGCAGGGAACAACUGAUGGUGCUACUUUGAAUUGCUUUUCUUUUCUCCUUUUUUGCACAAAGAGUCUCAUGUCUGAUAUUUAGACAUGAUGAGCUUUGUGCAAAAGGGGACCUGGUUACUUCUUGCUCUGCUUCAUCCCACUGUUAUUUUGGCACAACAGCUCCCAGAAGUUAUUGAUGGAAGAUGCUCCCAUCUCGGUCAGUCCUAUGCGGAUAGAGAUGUCUGGAAGCCCGAACCGUGCCAAAUAUGUGUCUGUGACUCAGGUUCUGUUCUCUGCGAUGACAUAAUAUGUGACGACCAAGAAUUAGACUGUCCCAACCCAGAGAUCCCGUUUGGAGAAUGUUGCGCAGUUUGCCCACAGCCUCCAACAGCUCCUACACGCCCUCCUAAUGGUCAGGGACCUCAAGGCCCCAAGGGAGAUCCAGGCCCUCCUGGUAUUCCUGGGAGAAAUGGUGAUCCUGGUAUUCCAGGACAACCAGGUUCCCCUGGUUCUCCCGGCCUCCCUGGAAUCUGUGAAUCAUGCCCGACUGGUAAUCAGAACUAUUCUCCCCAGUUUGAGUCAUACGAUGUGAAGGCUGGAGGAGCAGGAGGAGGACUCCCAGGCUACCCCGGGCCACCUGGUCCCCCAGGCCCUCCCGGUCCCGCUGGUUCAUCUGGUCAUCCUGGCUCCCCUGGUUCUCCAGGAUACCAAGGUCCCCCUGGUGAACCUGGGCAAGCUGGUCCUGCAGGCCCUCCAGGACCUCCUGGUGCUAUGGGUCCAUCUGGUCCUGCUGGAAAAGAUGGGGAAUCAGGUAGACCUGGACGAACUGGGGAGCGAGGAUUGCCUGGACCUCCAGGUAUGAAAGGUCCCGCUGGCAUGCCAGGAUUCCCUGGUAUGAAAGGACACAGAGGCUUUGAUGGACGAAAUGGAGAAAAGGGUGAAACAGGUGCUCCUGGAUUAAAGGGUGAAAACGGCCUUCCAGGUGAAAAUGGAGCUCCUGGACCCAUGGGUCCAAGAGGCUCUCCUGGAGAGAGAGGACGGCCAGGGCUUCCUGGAGCCGCAGGGUCUCGAGGUAAUGAUGGUGCUCGAGGAAGUGAUGGACAACCGGGCCCGCCUGGUCCCCCUGGAACUGCAGGGUUCCCUGGUUCCCCUGGUGCUAAGGGUGAAGUUGGACCUGCAGGAUCUCCUGGUUCAAGUGGUUCCCCUGGACAAAGAGGAGAACCUGGACCUCAGGGACAUGCUGGUGCUCAAGGUCCUCCUGGUCCUCCUGGGAUUAGUGGUAGUCCUGGCGGUAAAGGUGAUAUGGGUCCCGCUGGCAUUCCUGGAGCUCCUGGGCUGUCAGGAGCCCGUGGUCCUCCAGGACCAGCUGGUACCAAUGGUGCUCCUGGACAGCGCGGUGCUGCAGGUGAACCCGGUAAGAAUGGUGCCAAAGGAGAGCCAGGACCACGUGGUGAACGCGGUGAAGCUGGUUCUCCAGGUAAUCCAGGUGCUAAGGGUGAAGAUGGCAAAGAUGGUUCGCCUGGAGAACCUGGUUCAAAUGGAGCUCCAGGAGCUGCAGGAGAAAGGGGUCAACCUGGAGGCCGAGGACCUCCUGGAGCUAGCGGCCUUCCGGGAGAAAAGGGUCCCGCUGGGGAGCGCGGUGGUCCAGGCCCCGCAGGGCCCAGAGGACCUGCUGGAGAAGCUGGCAGAGAUGGCCUUCCUGGAGGUCCCGGAAUGAGGGGUGUGCCCGGAAGCCCCGGAGGAGCAGGCAGCGAUGGAAAACCAGGGCCUCCCGGAAGUCAAGGAGAAAGUGGUCGCCCAGGUCCUCCAGGCCCAUCUGGUCCCCGGGGUCAGCCUGGUGUCAUGGGUUUCCCUGGUCCUAAAGGAAAUGAUGGUGCUCCUGGCAAAAAUGGAGAACGAGGUGGCCCUGGAGGUCCUGGCCCUCAGGGUCCUGCUGGAAAAGGUGGUGAUCCUGGACCUGCGGGCCCCCCAGGACCUGCUGGGCCAGGCGGUGAAAAAGGAGAUGCUGGACCCCCUGGUCCACAAGGAUUAGCAGGCAUACCUGGAAACCCUGGUGGUCCAGGAGAAAAUGGAAAACCUGGUGAAGCAGGCCCAAAGGGCGAGCCUGGUUCACCUGGAACUCCAGGAGGCAAGGGCGAUGCUGGUGCCCCCGGUGAACGGGGACCUCCUGGUGCAGCAGGGACGCCAGGACCUAAAGGUGGACCUGGCUCCCCUGGUCCCGCUGGAGCAAAGGGCCCUGCCGGUCCCGCUGGACCAGCAGGUCCUCCUGGUGGUCCUGGUUUGCAAGGGAUGCCUGGAGACAGGGGAGCUCCUGGACUUGCCGGCCCAAAGGGUGACAAGGGUGAACCAGGACCUGCAGGUGUUGAUGGUACUGCAGGAAAAGAUGGUCCAAGGGGUCCUACUGGUCCUAUUGGUCCUCCUGGCCCAGCUGGUCAGCCUGGAGAUAAGGGUGAAAAUGGUGGACCUGGAAUUCAGGGUGCACCUGGACCUCGUGGUGGCCCUGGUGAGAGAGGUGAACAUGGGCCUCCAGGACCUGCUGGCUUCCCUGGUGCCCCAGGACAGAAUGGUGAGCCUGGUGCUAAAGGAGAAAGAGGCGCUCCUGGUGAGAAAGGUGAAGGAGGCCCUCCUGGGGUGGCAGGACCCGCUGGAGGAUCUGGGCCCCCUGGUCCAGCUGGUCCCCAAGGUAGCAAAGGUGAUCGUGGCAGUCCUGGUGGUCCUGGUGCUGCUGGCUUCCCCGGUGGCCGUGGUCCUCCUGGUCCUCCUGGUAGUAAUGGUAACCCAGGCCCCCCAGGCACCAGCGGUGCUCCGGGCAAGGAUGGACCCCCAGGUCCGCCUGGUAACAAUGGUUCUCCUGGCAGCCCUGGGGUGUCUGGACCAAAAGGUGAUGCUGGCCAGCCAGGUGAGAGGGGAUCACCUGGUUCCCAGGGCCCUGCGGGACCUCCAGGCCCACUUGGAAUUGCAGGGAUUACUGGAGCACGAGGUCUGGCCGGACCACCAGGUCCCCCAGGUGGUAGAGGAAGUCCUGGCCCUCAAGGCAUUAAGGGUGAAAGUGGGAAACCAGGACCUAGUGGUCAUAAUGGAGAACGUGGUCCUCCUGGACCCCAAGGUCUUCCUGGUCUGUCUGGUACAGCUGGUGAACCCGGAAGAGAUGGAAACCCUGGAUCAGAUGGUCUGCCAGGCCGAGAUGGAACUCCUGGUACCAAGGGUGAUCGUGGUGAAAAUGGCUCUCCUGGUGCCCCUGGUGCUCCUGGUCAUCCAGGCCCACCUGGUCCUGUUGGUCCAGCCGGAAAGGGUGGUGACAGAGGAGAAACUGGCCCUGCUGGCCCUUCUGGUGCCCCUGGUCCUGCUGGUGCCCGAGGUCCUGCGGGUCCUCAAGGCCCACGUGGUGACAAAGGUGAAACAGGCGAACGUGGUUCUAAUGGCAUCAAAGGGCAUCGUGGAUUCCCUGGUAAUCCAGGUCCCCCAGGUUCUCCAGGUGCUGCUGGUCACCAAGGUGCAGUCGGUAGUCCAGGACCUGCAGGACCCAGAGGACCUGUUGGACCUAGCGGGUCCCCCGGCAAAGAUGGAACAAGUGGACAUCCAGGUCCCAUUGGACCACCAGGGCCUCGAGGUAACAGAGGUGAAAGAGGAUCUGAGGGCUCCCCAGGACACCCAGGACAGCCUGGUCCUCCUGGCCCGCCUGGUGCCCCAGGUCCAUGCUGUGAUGGUGGGUUCGUCAGUGCUGCUACAGGGGAGAAAGCUGGUGGUUUUGCCCCAUAUUAUGGAGAUCAACCAAUGGAUUUCAAAAUCAACACUGAAGAGAUUAUGACUUCACUCAAAUCAGUCAAUGGACAAAUAGAAAGCCUCAUUAGUCCUGAUGGUUCUCGUAAAAACCCUGCUCGGAACUGCCGAGACCUGAAAUUCUGCCAUCCUGAACUGAAGAGUGGAGAAUAUUGGGUUGAUCCUAACCAAGGUUGCAAGAUGGAUGCUAUUAAAGUAUUCUGUAAUAUGGAAACUGGGGAAACCUGCAUAAAUGCUAGUCCUUUGACUGUUCCACGAAAGAACUGGUGGACAGAUUCUGGUGCUGAAAAGAAACAUGUUUGGUUUGGAGAAACCAUGGACGGUGGUUUCCAGUUUAGCUAUGGCAAUCCUGAACUUCCUGAAGAUGUCCUCGAUGUCCAGCUGGCAUUCCUCAGACUUCUGUCCAGCCGGGCCUCCCAGAACAUCACAUAUCACUGCAAGAAUAGCAUUGCGUACAUGGAUCACGCCGGUGGGAAUGUAAAGAAAGCCCUGAGGCUGAUGGGGUCAAAUGAAGGCGAAUUCAAGGCUGAAGGAAAUAGCAAAUUCACAUACACAGUUCUGGAGGAUGGUUGCACUAAACACACUGGGGAAUGGGGCAAAACAGUCUUCGAAUAUCGAACACGCAAGGCUAUGAGACUACCUAUUAUAGAUAUCGCACCUUAUGAUGUUGGUGGUCCUGAUCAAGAAUUUGGUGUGGACAUUGGCCCUGUUUGCUUUUUAUAAAUCAAACUCUAUCUGAAACUCCGGCAAAAAAAUUUCACACUCCAUAUGUGUUCCUCUUGUUUUAAUCUUGUCAACCAGUACAAGUGACCAACUAAAUUCCAGUUAUUUAUUUCCAAAAUUUUUGGAAAAAGGAUAAUUUGACAAAAGAAAUGAUACUUUUUUUUCUGUUACACCAAAUACAGUUCAAAUACUUUUUGUUCUAUUUUUUUACCAAUUUCAAUUUCAAAAUGUCUCAAUGGUGCUAUAAUAAAUAAACUUCAACACUCUUACAAUAACACUGUGUUACAUUCUUUGAAUCCUAGCCCAUUUGCAGAGCAAUGACUAUGCUUACCAUUAAAAGAUAAUCUUUCUUUCCAAAAUAGUCAAACAUGAAAUUUGAAAAGACCUCCCUGUUUCAACUACCUCAACUGGUCACAAACACAGAUGAAUUCUCUAAGUCCCAGAAGAUGGAAAAAUUGUAUAAAUGAGCAAAACUCAUGAAUUUCAUUAAUUAAUUUCCCACAGUAUUUGUAAAAAAAAGUAUAGUGUAGUGCAAGAAUAUAAAGAAGUAAUCCACAAUUAUUUUAAUCUUGGAUAUCAACUGCUUUUAAAGGUGCUUUUCUCUUGUCAUUGCUAAAAUUAUCAAGAUACCAAUACUUGGGAAGGUUUUAAAGACUCAUGUUAUGGUGCUAAUGUACUUUCACUUUUAAAACUCUAGGUCAGAACUGUUGCCUUUCAUUCAAAACACAAAUAUACAGCAUCUGUACAUGUCUCUUGUCAAAAAAAUUUAUUGGCAUGUCACUUCAGAGGACUCCGUUCCUCCAUCAUGUAAAAGUCAACAACAACAAAGAACAAAUUAUGGGGCUGAUUUGUCACAAUAACACAGAGAAUGUGUUGAAAUUUAACUUUGUAAGCUUGUAUGUGGUUGUUGAUCUUUUUUCCUUACAGACACCCAUAAUAAAAUAUCAUAAUGAAACA